CGCGGCGUGCGAGAUUACAAGUUUACCAAAUUUUUAUUUUAAAUUCGUAAAAUAAGUUAAAAAAAAGUUAUCGCGAAAUGGUGAACCGACAUGCGAGUAGAUCCUAGAAUGAAAAUAAAUGUGAUUGCCGAAAGUGAUUAAUGUAGGAAAGAAAGUCUUACAUAAGAAUCAAACUUCUAGGCAAAAUAUAAACUAAAAAAGUCAUCAUUAAAAAUUUGCCCGGUAAUGGAAAGGAUUUGAAUGCAUUUAAGCCACACAAAUAGCCGGAAAUCCUCGUCAUGAACGUGCAUUUUUGAAUGGGAGCACUUGUUGUUAAGCUUUGAGCAAAUCAACGCAAGCAAACAUCUCAAGCAUCUGCUAGACAGCAAACAGCGAGGCAGAAUCAUACGUAAAUUGCCACUGAUAAGAUAACCGGCCACCCCAUAAGGACGGCAUUACGCUAAAUUGUGGCAAUCAAUCGUCAACGAGGCUUGUGAAAGGAUCAUUAGAACAGAAUGUUCCGUUUGAGUCGAUCCCUUUUGGGCCGGCGGCCGCUGUCGUGUGGAAGUGCCCGGAGGUUCGCAUCCGACGGCGGAAAAGGAGAUGACUCCAAGGUGCGGCCGGAGGAGGUCGAGGCGAACCUGCAGAACCCGCUGUCGCGAACGAUGAAGAUUCUCGGGAACGACAUGAAACGUGUCAAGAACUUUAUCCUGCCGAAGCGGGAAUCGGUCGAGAGUGUGGACAACUAUUUGGAACGGUACCGGAGGGAGGAGUUCCAGAGCCACUGUGACGUGCUGGUCAUUGGGGGAGGUGGCGUGGGUUCGUCGAUUGCGUACUGGCUGAAGAAACGGGCCCGGAAUGGGUUGAACGUGGUCGUGGUGGAGAAAGAUGCGACCUACCAGGAAGCGUCCACGUGUCUGUCGGUGGGCGGGUUGAGGCAGCAGUUUUCGAUUGUGGAAAACAUCCAGAUGAGUUUGUACGGGGCGGAGUUUAUGCGGAAUAUUAAGGAACAUCUGGGAGACGACGUGGAGGUCAACUUCACCCCGUACGGAUAUCUGAUGUUGGCCUCGGAGCAAGGAGCGGAACAGCUGCAGGAGAAUUCCAAACUGCAAAACACGCUCGGAGCGAAGAAUGAAAUUUUAACUGCGGCACGACUCAAAGAACGCUUCCCCUGGAUGAACACCGAAGGAAUCGCGCUCGGUUGUCACGGCCUCGAAAAGGAAGGUUGGUUUGAUCCGUGGGCACUGCUCUCCGGCUUCAAGAAACGCGCCAUCGAGUACGGCGCCCACUACGUCGAGGCGGAAAUGGUCGGAUUCGAGUUCCGCAAACAGCCGGAUAUUCUAGCCGAAGGCAUCAACCAGGGCGAGUACGAAGGUCUGGACAAGGCGUACAUCCGGAUGAAGGACGGCGAAGUGCGCGACAUCAAGUUCUCCAUCGCGAUCAUUGCGGCCGGUGCCCAAUCGGGCAAAAUUGCCAAAAUGGCUCGCAUCGGAACGGGCCAGGGCAUGCUGAGUGUGCCACUGCCGGUGGAACCUCGCAAGCGGUACGUGUACGUGUACCAGUGUGGCAGCGACGGUGGCCCCGGAAUCAACACCCCGCUCACGAUCGAUCCCACCGGAACGUACUUCCGGCGGGAUGGCCUUGGUGGAAAUUAUCUGGCCGGAAGGAGCCCCGGUCCUGAGGAAGAACCCUCGGUAGACAACCUGGACGUGGAUUACGGUUACUUUGACAGUCACGUGUGGCCGCAGCUGGCGAAUUUGGUGCCGUGCUUUGAGAACAUCAAGGUGAAGAGCGCCUGGGCCGGGUUUUACGAGUACAACACGUUCGACGAGAAUGGCAUCGUCGGGCCGCAUCCGUACUACAACAAUCUGUACAUUGCGACCGGGUUCAGCGGGCAUGGCAUCCAACAAACCCCGGCCGUGGGCCGUGCCAUCUCCGAAAUGAUCAUCGACGGCGACUUCCGCACGGUGGACUUGACGCGGUUCGGAUUCGACCGAAUUUUGGUGGACCAGCCGCUGUUCGAGGCCAACAUCGUCUGACAGCGGGCGAAGGAUUCGACGCAAGGACUGUGAGAUUUGGUAAGAAAGAAAGCAAAAAACUUUUUAACGCAAAUUUCCAUGCAUUACACACUGUUAAUCUAUGGAUUGAUGCUGAUGCGCGCGCGCGGUUCGGUAGGAUGAUUGAUUGUUAACACCUUUCUUCUGCUGAUCGCGUUCUCUUCUUUGGGAGUGGAGCGUGA